UGUUUCUUCUUGCCGCCCUUGAGUACCUCUGCCCCUGGUGAGGGCUCUGGUUGCCAGGGCCAUGGGUGAGUCCUCGUCCAGUGCCUACCUGAGUCAGCUUACAGGGACGUCCACCUGCGUUGGGUACCUCCUGUCCCGGCCCAGGCUGUGGGAGCUCCCCACCCUUCCAGAUCCACCAUCCCAGAGCUUUCUCAAGGCAAGUGAGUAUGAAACCCUCUCAUACUCCAUUGGGAAGAACUGGUGGUAGCAUUGGGAGGUGGGGCUGUGCAGACCAGCACCCUGGACCUGUCCUCUUAACGAGGGGUGCAGAGUCUGGGGUAGGCCAAGAGGCUCACCCCAGCCCCUGGCCUGUGCCAUAUCCAUCGGUCAUAUUGCCACGUUCCUCGUGCUGACCCCCAGUGAUCACGUCACUGCCCUGCUCCCCAGCAAGACGACAGAACUGCUCGUUUCUGGUCCUUAGCUUUCCACCUUUUGAAAUUGUGGCCCUCCUUUCCAAGGCUUGGCUUAAAAGCCGCUUCCUUGGUGACGUCUUUCCUAACCUUGCUCUAUGGCAUGUGUCAUUUUAGUUGAACUAGCAAAGGAUUUGGUCUCUGAAUCCUGAGGCUCUUGUGUUCCUCCUGAUGGCGGCCUUGAGGACAGCCCUAGCCACUGGCCCCUAGGGCCCUGGAGGGGUCUGUCAGCUCAUCCCACACCCUGCAGUGCUGGGGUUUCUCCAGGGCAAGACAGGUGCCCCCUCCCUUCUUCGUAGCAAUUCCAUUUUCAAAAAUCCGUUUUGCAUGUUGGGAUCCAUCUGAGAGUUGGCUGCGGGGAGGAAGAGGUCCCGUGUAGAGGACAACCACAGCGAAACGGAUAGACGAAAGCAGUAAGGGCUGCUCCCACCCAGCAGAACUUUGGCCUGGGUGAAACAGGAUAUAAGGAGGUGGCAUAAAAAUCCCCGAACUACUGAGUGCUUACUGUGUGCUAGGCCUUGUAAUAAAGUGUCAUUUAUCCUCACCACAGCCCAGGGAGUUCGAUGCUAUCAUCCCCAUUUUACAGAUGAAGUAAGCACAGAGACAUAAAGUGAUUUGCUCAAGGGCACAGAGCUUGGAAGAGUGGAAGCGUGUUCAAGCCCAGUAGCCCACUUCCAGAGCUCCACUCAGAACCAGCUUGUGGCCGGAACACAAGGGGUAAAGCGGGGAGGGGCUGUUCUCCAAAGGACUGGCUACUGUGACCAAAGAGAAGGAGAGUGGAUGCUGGAGGCAAGCCAGGGGACACUCCUUAGAGCAGUCCCAGGAGAUGGCUGCUGUCAUUGCCCUUGGUUUAUAAAGGCAGAGAGUGAGGCUUACAGAGAUUGUCACUGAUCCAAGUCCACGGGGGAACCAUGUGGCAGAGCCAGAAGUUUAAGCCAGACCUGUUGGCCUCCAGGCAGCUGCCUCUUCACCUAAACGCAGUGCAGUGCACGGAGGCAGGGGAGCCCCAGGAGGGCAAGUAGGGAGAGCACUCCUGCAGCUGGGGAUUAGGGAGCACCAGCAGAAGCAGAGUCUUUGGGUAGGCCUAUAAGGAUGUGGGAGACAAGGACAUCAGAGCUUCACUUACGGGGUGGGGGGAUCUGGGGGUCAGGCUGAGGAGUAGGGCAGCCCAAGAGUUAGUCGAAGUGUCUAAGGGAGGCUGGGCUGGUUGGGAGCACUUUUGUGAACGAGCCAGAAGGUCACCCUGGUUGUCUGCGGCACCUUCUAGAGCUAAGGAAUGGCAGAUAAAAGUAGGGCACUGAAAGGCCCCUCUGACAGCCUUGCGUAGGCAAGACAGGAGAGGUUGAAUGGAGGCCAGGAGACAGGGAGGAGGAGAGUUUCAGAAGAGACUGGCCCGGUACAGACUCCUGGGCAGUAGGGGAGCACCAGCAAUGGAGGACAGAUGGGGACAGGAGGGGGGCGGUCUGGGCACUGGCAGCAGGCAGCAGGCGGCCGGGGGCUGUUCACAGCAGUGGGAACUUGGAACUAAGAGAAGAUUUGGUUGGGGGUGGAGGAUACAGAGUUAGGGGACAGCACGGCAGGGCUGUGGCCAGCGCUUCCCCGGAGGUGCAUGUGGACAGGGAGGAGCAGUGGUUGUCCAAAUGGACGGUUGGAGAGGGGCCACCAGUUACCUUCUAUAUGGUCCCUGGGAAUAGGCUCUUCACACCUCCGCCCAUAGUUGCAUAGGAGGAAAUUGCAGCUUAGCAUGGUUGAGACACCUGCAUAAGGUCACACAGUGGCAGAGGAGGAACUCUACUGGGUCGUCUCACUGCAGUCUACAGUCCUUCCUUGACCCUGCUUCUUAGAAAGAUUUCUAACCUUGCUUUCAAAGCAAGUUCCUAUCAGCAACUCAGCAGGUGGGGUGGGGCGCCGCCCAUCCUACAGAUGAGUCCCCCGAGGUUCUGAGGGCUUGGUUUCUGCGCUGCUCACAGGAGUUACAGUGAGUCUAAAACGGAGCUGGGGCCAAGCCCCAGGUGUCUCUUACCCACCAAAGCAGCUCUGGGUUCUCUGAAAGCCAAAGAGUGGGUGCACCCCCAGGGUGCCAGGAGUCCAGGCCCGGUUUUGCAUCAGGCCCUGCUCAGAAGGUGUUUCCUCCUCCUCCGGGGCAGCUCGUGGGGCUGGGCGGCUGGUUGAGUCAGCCUUAGUCCCUCUCUGCUCUGCUCCCCAAGUUCAGCUCUGAAACUCAGCUGCCAGGAGUGCAGGAGAGCCCAGGUCACCCUGCGACGGUGUCUGAUCCAUACUGGACCCCUACAGGUCGCCACGUGUGCCCAGCUGGGGCACUGCCCCAGCUGAUGCCCCAGAGGGGCCACGCAUCUCAAGAGGGGCUCUGGGCCCUGCCCGGCCUCCGCAUGGCGCACGAGCCAGAGCCUGAGGCUGAGGGACUGUUGGACCUCAGCUUCCUGACAGAGGAGGAGCAGGAGGCCAUCACUGACGUUCUGAAGCGAGACGCCCACCUUCGCCAGUUGGAGGAGGGCCGGAUCAGCAAGCUCCGGGCCUCGCUGGCAGACCCUGGGCAGCUGAAGAUCCUGACAGGAGAAUGGUUCCAGGAAGCACGCUCACAGCGGCACCACCACGCCCACCUUGGCUCUGAUCUUGUCCGAGCCUCUAUCCGCAGAAAGAAGAGCUCCAUCGGACACCGGGCUCCAGGCAGCCAUGGGGAGGCUGAAGGUGCUGAAAAAGAAGCGGAAGAGGAGCUGGAGCCUAGGCUCCCCAUGGACAAGGCACCUGAAGAGACGCUCAGCAAGGCUGAGAAACCUGAGAUCCCCUCACCAUAUGUCCCCCUAAAGGCUUCCGAUCACGAGGAAGAGCCCCAUGCCCAGGAAGCCCCGGGCCCCCGAGAUCCGCAGGUCUUUGAGAAGGAGGCGGACCUGGAGCCCGAGCCGCGGUCGCGGGGAGCUGAGUCGCCGCCACCCCCAGCCCAGACCCAGCCGGCGCCCGAGAUCCUGGAGAACGGGGAGGAGGCUCCGGGGCCCGGCCUCUCACUCGACCGCAUGCUCAGCAGCAGCUCCUCCGUGUCCAGCCUCAACUCCUCCACGCUGAGCGGCAGCCAGCUGAGCCUGUCCGGGGAGGCCGAGGCGGGCGCGGUGCAGGUGCGCGGCUCUGUGCACUUCGCGCUGCGCUACGAGCCGGGCACCGCCGAGCUGCGUGUGCACGUGAUCCAGUGCCAGGGCCUGGCGGCCGCGCGACGCCACCGCUCCGACCCCUAUGUCAAAGGCUACCUCCUCCCGGAUAAGCAGAGCAAGCGCAAGACGGCGGUGAAGAAACGGAAUCUGAACCCGGUCUUCAACGAGACUCUGAGGUACUCCGUCCCGCAGGCCGAGCUCCGGGGCCGCGUGCUGAGCCUGUCCGUGUGGCACCGCGAAAGCCUGGGUCGCAACAUCUUUCUGGGCGAAGUCGAAGUGCCUCUCGACACGUGGGACUGGGACUCUGAGCCCACGUGGCGCCCCCUGCAGCCCCGGGUCCCGCUCUCCCCCGACGACCUCCCCAGCCGCGGGCUGCUCUCCCUGUCCCUCAAGUACGUCCCCGCCGGCUCCGAGGGCGCGGGACUGCCCCCCAGCGGGGAGCUGCACUUCUGGGUGAAGGAAGCUCAGGACCUCGUGCCGCUGCGCUCAGGCACCCUGGAUACCUACGUACAGUGUUCAGUGCUGCCUGAUGACAGCCGGGCCAGCCGCCAACGGACAAGGGUGGUACGACGCAGCCUCAGCCCUGUGUUCAACCACACCAUGGUUUAUGAUGGCUUCGGGCCUGCUGACCUAUGCCAGGCCUGUGCUGAGCUCUCCGUCUGGGACCAUGGGGCCCUGACCAGCCGCCAGCUGGGGGGCACACGCCUCAGCCUGGGCACCGGCAGCAGCUAUGGGCUCCAAGUACCCUGGAUGGACUCCACACCAGAGGAGAAGCAGCUGUGGCAAACACUCCUGCAGCGACCGUGUGAGUGGGUGGAUGGCCUUCUGCCUCUCAGAACCAACCUGACCCCCAGGACAUAGCUGCCCUACGAGCCCCACCCAGCUCCUCUCUGGUCCCCCAGCUCAGGGCCUGCCCUUGGCUAAAACCAAUAAAGUCUUUUCUAAGGGCA